AUGCGGUUGCUUCCCAUCCUUUUCGUAUCCGCAGCAUUGGCUACGGCGUGGUAUGAAAAAGACGCAAGUACGGGGAUACUCAAAGAGCUGGGACCGAAGCUUUCUCAAGGUGCACGAGUGGUGUUUCAAGGAGAAGAGGGCUUUGAAGAGAGGAUUAAGAGACGGCAGGGCUGGGAAGCGCCAGAUUUUAGGGCUAUCGUGGAUGUGAAGAGUGAGGAGGAUGUGCAGGAGACCAUCCGAUACGCAACCCGCCACAAUAUCCCUUUCCUAGCAGUGUCUACCGGCCAUGGCCAGUCCGCUUCUCUCUCGAAAGUGCAAGACGGAAUCAUGAUCAAUAUGCGCGGGUUAAACGCAAUUAGUAUUUCGGACGAUGCGACGUAUGCAACAGUCGGAGGCGGAAUCAAGGGGAAAGAAGUCAUCGACCACCUAUGGGCCCACGGCAAGCAAACCGUAACCGGCGUCUGCGAAUGCGUGAGCCUCAGCGGCGUCGCGCUCGGCGGCGGCCACGGCAUCUUGCAAGGCCACCACGGCCUGCUGUCCGACCAGAUCCUCUCCUUGCGCCUCGUCCUCGCCAACGGCUCCGCAAUCACGGUUUCCGAGACCGAGAACACAGAGCUCUUCUGGGCGCUGCGCGGCGCGGGGCAUAACUUCGGCGUCGUCACUGAGCUCAAGUACAGGAUCUAUGGAAUUGACCAGUAUCCUGGCGGGGAGACGUGGAGCUACGAAGCGCUCACGUAUCCGGCGACGCGCGAGAAUGUUCGCGCAGUGUAUAGCAUUGCGAAGGGUCAGAUGGACACCCAGCUCGAGGGCAUGAUGAUAUACGGCAUGGUAACGCUGAACCCGCAAGUCUCCAACGAACCCAUCCUCAUGCACCACGUCGCGCUCAACGGGCCCCUCGCCAACCUCUCCGCAUGGACGAAACCAUACCAUGACCUAGCCCCCGCGGCCGUAGCAAAAGAAGAAGGCACCUUCCUCGACCUGCCGCGCUUCUUCCAAAUCGAGGACCGCGGCCCCGCCUGCAACGCAGCCGCGCACCUGCCCGGCACGGGGAAGGUCCGCGUCCCCGUCGACAUACCGACCUACAACGUCGACGCCCUCGUCGCCGCCGUCGACAAGUUCGUCCAGGUACGGACCAGCAAUCCCGAGUUCGCCGGCAGCUUCAUGGUCAUCGAGCAGUACUCGACCAAGGGCGUGCGCAGCAUCGACCCCGCGGUGUCCGUCUUCCCUUCCCGCCAGGACAAGCUGCUUCUCGCGCCCGAGAUAUUCUACCCCUCCCUGGACGCCGAGACCGGGGAACAGAAUCGCGCAUUGCACGAGCUAGCGGUGCAGUCGGGCGAGGAGAUUAAGAGGUUAUUGGUGCAAGGGGCGAAGGAGCAGGGUGGCGGGUCGCAUUCGUAUGUUAAUUAUGCGUAUGGUGGGGAGACGCUGGAGGAGGUGUAUGGGAAGGAGGGGUUGGGGCGGUUGAGGAAGCUGAAGAGGGAGUUUGAUCCGCGGAAUAGGUUUGGGUACUAUGUGCCGGUUGAGCCGGCGGAGGAGACUGAGGGGCACGAUGAGCUGUAG